UUCGACCUUCACUUUCGGUAUUUCUUACAUUCCAUUGUUCUACAAAUAGAGAGGUUAUGUUUUUUAGAUAACUGUAGCAUCUUUCUUCAUUGUUAAUUGUGGAUCGAGCGUCGCUUUUAAUCUCAGUAUUCGUGUUGUGAGUUGUGUGUCUAAUUUCUAGUGUUGUUACAAUUUUUAUUACAACCUGACUCUCUUUAUUUGUUGUGAUUUUUGAUUACGUAAAUAUAAUUGAAUAAUAUCAAAGAACUGUAUCAAUAUGACAACCGAAAAAAUUAAUUUGAUUGGUGUUCCAAUAGCUAAAAUUAAUGGUCGUAAACUUCCCACUAUAAAAGAAGUUUUAUUAUUAUUUUUUUAUCAUCACAAAGUUCUUCAUCUAAAAGUCAAUGAAAGUGCAAAAAAAACUGCAAAUAUAGUUCAAGAUUGUUGGAAAAAUUUACAAAUUUUAACCUCCGGGCUUCGAAAUACGAUUAACAAAAUACUUGAGUUUUUCAAAAAAUGGCAAUUAUUGCAGUGCAAUAAGAAAAGAAUAAAAUCACAAGCUCAAAAACAAAAAGAAGUGAGUUUUGAACAAAAAAUUCAACAGUUAUUUAAUAUCGCUGGAAAAAACGGUCUAAGAAGUUUGAAUGGAGAGAUCAACAACUUUUCGGCUCAGAAACUAUUGAAUCAACCAGAAAUUUCUGAUAACUCCAGUUCACGAGAAACUUCGAGAAAAUAUGUUGAAAUUAUGGAAACCGAUGAGAUAGAAAUAGAUUUGGUUAAUGAUAAUAAUAAUAAUGAAAUUACACCUAGUCAAGAGUUACUAACAUCGUCGCAGUCAACUAUCAGUCAAAUUUCAAAUGUUUCCGAUUUUGAAACAGAAUUGUUGUCUGAAAAAAAUACCAAAAAUAAACAUUAUCACUCCAAAUUUAACUUAAAGUUCAAUGAUAAUUACGUAGUUCAUUGGGAUGGUAAAUUGUUAAGCGAUAUUGUUGGCGCAGAUGUUGUAGAUAGACUCCCAAUUCUUCUGACAUCGUCUGGCGCUGAACAAUUAUUAGGCAUUCCAAAAAUUGGAGCAGGAACUGGAAUUGAGCAAGCUUCAGCAGUAAACUCAACUUUGAAGCAUUGGGGUGUCAGUGAUUAUGUCAAAGCGGUGUGCUUUGAUACUGCAUAUACAAAUACAGGCAUUCAUCGUGGCGCUGGCGUAGAACUAGAGAAUCUUUUAGGGCGAAAGCUCAUUUGGUUGCCAUGUCGUCAUCACGUCAUUGAACUACUCAUUAAAGGUGUUUUUGAAGUAUACUGGCCAACGCAAAAUGGCCCAAAUGUUUCAAUUUUUGGUAGAUUCAAAAAUAAUUGGAACAAGAUAGAUAAAUCAAAAUACAGUGCAGGAAUUAAUGAUCCUAUUGUUGCUAAAGUACUAUCAGAGAAAAAAGACGAAACAUUGGAUUUUAUUGAAAGUUAUUCGCUGAAAUAUCUUCCGAGGAAUGAUUACCGAGAAUUUUUAGAGUUAUCGUCAAUUUUUUUAGGAGUUAUUCCAAAAGAUAAUUUCACCUUUAAACAUCCAGGAGCGAUGAGUCAUGCUCGUUGGAUGUCGAAGGUAAUUUAUUGCCUGAAAAUAUAUAUUUUUAGGGGAGAAUUUAAGCUGACCCCUCAUGAAUUAACUAGUAUUCGCCAAGUAUGUAUUUUCAUAAUUGUCAUUUAUAUAAAAGCUUGGUUCACUUCACCUUCUGCUAUCUUAGCUGCAAAUAAUGACUUAAUUUUGAUGCAACAAUUGAUACUCUAUGAUAAAAUUAAUUCAUCUGUAUCAAAAGGAGCUUUAAAAAAAAUGAGCGAUCAUUUGUGGUAUUUAAGUGACAAAUUAGCCAUAAUUUCUCUAUUUGACGAUGCUGUAGAUCCGGAAGUAAAGAAAAAAAUGGUAAAAAAUUUGAAAAAUCGGAACCCUAUAAAAACUAAAGCCAGAAAAUAUGAAUUUGACUACAAAAACUUACAUGAAUUUUUACACAAAGAUGUAAGUGACUUCAUUUCAACAGAAUCGUUAACAAUUUUAAAAGACUUUGACUUGCCACAUGAAUUUUUAAGUGAAGAAGUCGACAAGUGGUCCAGCAUCGAUAGUUUUCAGGAAUGUCAACAAUUUUUUAGUAAAUUGGCUGUUGUCAAUGAUGUCGCGGAACGUGGUGUAGCGCUAAUUGAAGAUUACAAUCAAUGCCUUACUAAAGACGAAGAACAGCUCCAAUAUUUAUUACUAGUUAUUAGUGAGUAUCGGAAAAAAUUCCCUAAUUGCAAUAAAAGUACGUUAAUUGAAUGAU